AUGGCCAAUCUCAAAAUCAAACCGCGCAGAAAAGCUCACCAGCUCGACGGCGGCUCCGGUGGGAAUGGGAUACUCCGAUUGCCGGUGGAAAUUCUGCGGCACAUUGUCUUUUUCUUACCCGUUGGAGAUGCAGUAUCACUGUCAGCUUCUUCAAAGACGUGGCGAAAUGUCUGGACUUCUCUUCCAGUCCUCAACCUCAACUUCGAUCAUGACGAUGAUGUCGUCACUCUCGACGACUUCGUCGCUUCAAUUGACAACGUUUUGUCAACCUUAAGAUCUCGCAGCGCCAUAAUCGAGGGCUUCUCCUUGACGAUGAAUCCGCAUAAAGAAGAGGGUUCGAAAUUGGAAUCGAAAUUGGAAUCUCACCUUGAUGAUUGGCUGUCUUUAGUUAUGAAAAUUAUAUCAAGGAGAUCAAUCUUAGGGUUUCUGAUUCUUCGGACAAUGUCUUUCUACACUUUACCCCAAUCAGUUUUCACUUUGAAAUCUUUAGUCAAACUUCAGCUGAUAGGUUGCAAAUUCCCGCCUAACAUUUCGUUCGCUGAUCAUGAUAAUGAUAAAAAAUCCAGAUUUCAUGAAUUUAACUGUCUUAGAGAGAUAACCCUGGAAGAUGUUAUUGCUCGUGAUGAUCAAAUCCAGGACAUUGUGGAUCAUGCCAGGGACUUUCUUGAAAAGCUGACUAUUAAAACGCAUCCUCCCUUAAAAUUUCUGAGUCUGGAAUUCUUCUCGAAGCUUGAUUUCAUUGAAGUAAACGUUAAGACAUUGCUGUUAAAUCAUGCUAUGAAUCUGGAUACAGUGAUUCUAUAUGGGAUUCGUAGAGUAUAUGCUUUUGGGAUUCAAAGUUCUCAUCUUCAGACUUUGUUUUUGUAUGAAGGUCAAAGGUUUGAGGAGCCUAUAGUGGUGGAGAUUGAAGCUCCUAAACUCAGCAAAGUCCAUUUCACUGGCUUUUCUUUUCCUAUGAUUACAUUACUGAGAAGGACUCAGAAAGUUGAGCUUCAUCAUUUUGGUCAUCCCCUUGGUGGUAUUGAUAGCUCUCAACUUUACAGGCUUGGAAAGUUUUCACGAAACGUGAUGCAGCCAUGA